UGAACAUGAACCUGGUUUCACCUCUGUGUUUGAUUAAAUUUGGCUGAUAGACUGCGCUCCUUCAUACUCAGCUUGGCUAUCGCGCAUUCCUCCCAUCCUUACAGCAUCCCCGCGAUGAUCAAGGCAAUCUUCUACAGUAAAUUCGACACGAUAGAGGGGCCUAAAGUCGUACAUCAAGUCCCCGACGGAGCUAUUGUACCCUCCCCCACUGCGCCCUCACAACCACCCUUCCUCACCUUCUCUGAUGUCUCCUUCUUCGUGAUCCCCCGCCAGGAGCUCUGUGGAAACCUUUUGCAAGUCUGUACAAACGGAUAUCGUAUCCUGGGCUACCCAAUCUGCAUGAAGUCAGUGCGGUACGACCGGAAUGAAUUCAUCUUCAACUUCUGCAUAGUCCUCGCCGAGGAGGACGACUUCACCACGUAUAAGAGCGUGGUGCAGAAGCUAGCAGACUUAAUGCAUGGCCUGGAAGAGCAGAAUGGUUUCUUGUCCCGCGAUUUCUCGAAGAGUGGUGAGGGGAAGGUGUACAGUCUCUGUGAGAUGUUGAUGGAGGACUUGAACAAUUAUUGCGAGUGCAUGAUUCCCAUUGACGAAUUAAAUACUCUGAACAUCAAGCUUUUCCCGAUAUAUCCCUCUCCCCCGCCCGUCAAGGCCUGGCAAGUGCCACUCUUCACGUUGCGAUACCAGGCCUUCAUGGACGAGAACUGGGACUUGACAAUGCAAAGGAUCGUACCACAUAUCAACGGCGUCAACAGCGUCCGCAUCAUCUCCGUCCUAGCCGACACAGACUUCUCCCUCACCUGCCGCGCCCUCCGACAUCUCCUCUACUACGGCUGCCUAUUUAUCCUCGACAUCUUCUCGUUCUCCGCGAUCUACGCCCCAACCGCCCAAUUCAACACAACAAUAGGCUCCGACGAAGCAAUGCAACUAGAAUGUGCCCGCUACGUAAACGUCCGCUUCGCACCACACCCACCAACCGGCCCCUCCUCCCCUCUCCCCCCAACCCUAGUCCCAACCGCAAGUCCCAACAGCAGCACCGGAACAGCCGCUCUUUCCAGCUCCCUCACAGACCCAGCAUCAAGCCUCACACGCGAGGAAUCCCGCUUCGACGCCGAAGAAAUCUGGCCCCUCCUAGGCCCCGAAGAAAACCCCUCCACCUCCCCAACAACCCCAAACACACUCCACAAACCCGCGAUCGUCGACGGUGUCGGUCUGGUUGAGCUCUACGCAAGCCUAAAACAGGGCCAGAGCGUCAAGCAAUGGUACGCAGCGCACAGCCGCUCGCUGGCCAACAUCGACAUCCGUCGCUUCAUCACAUUCGGCGUGAUAAAGGGCUUCUUGUACCGCGUGCACAAAUACGCCUGUGCAACGGGCCAGCCUUCGCCCCCGCCGCGCACGUCAUCGUUCACGCCGACGGCGCUGUCAUCGCGUGCCACUACGGGUACUAAUACGCCCUAUGCGGUCUCGAGUGUCUCAGAGGAUGCGCCUAUCUCGGCGGUUGCUAGGAGGGGGUCUAGUCGUGAGCGGGCUGGGUCGGUGGUUAGUGGGGGGAGGAAUGGAUAUGGGAAUGGGAGUGCGGGGGCGCCGUCGGCGUUUUGGGAGGAUGAGGAGGAGGUUGUUGGGGAUGAGGUUCUCAGGAAGUAUCUUGAUGGUACGCAUUGUUUUGAUCAGAUUUGUACGGAGUUGGAGAUGAGUGAGAGGGACUUGACGGCUAGAUUGAAGAGAUAUCCUUGGGAGGUAUUGAUUCUUCAUAGAUGA